AGAAAAGCAGCUCGGCCUCGGGGCCAGAGGAGAUGCAGGGAAAGCUUUUAUUGGUAUCUCCCAGCCAACGUCAGCCCGGUUAAAAAAAAAAUGCUUCAUCUCUCAGAGAGCUGUUUAACACGGCUCAGGCAGCAAUUGGUACAGGGACAGCAAACCAGGCUGCAUCUGCUCAGCCCCAGUCACAAGCUCCCUGCUUCCUCCGUGUGUGUUUGUGAGUGAGCGUGCGUGUGUGUGUGUGUGUGUGUGUGUGUGUGUGUGCUAGACACAGGCAUCCGCUCCCAGCAUCUCGCCAUCUCCUGCAUCCUCCAGAAGCGAGCGCGCGGCUCUGGCUCCCCACGUCCCAGCCUCGCCGCUGUCUCCCCCGGCGGGGAUUUGCGCGUGGGGCGCGGGAUGCGGUGAGCACCCGCGGGACCAGAGGAGGUGGUGGCCGGGAGCAGCUGCCAUGGGCAUCGCGUGGGAAGCUCUCUAGGGCUCGCGCUCCCAAGCAGGACCCUGACCCAGAGCCAUGGGGGUGCUGAUGUCGAGGCGGCAGACGGUGGAGAAGGUGCAGAAGGUCAGCUUGGCCGUGUCAGCCUUCAAAGACGGGCUGCGGGAGCAGCCAGCGGCGCGGCGGCGGGCGGAGGCUGGGGGCACGCGCCGAGGGACGCUGGAGCAGACGGUACAAGAGGGAGAGGAGGAAGCGCCAGCGGGGCCCUCGCAGCCGGAGGAGGGCAGCGCCAGCAAGGCCGCGUGGGAGCGGCUGCGGGACGGCCGGGGUGUGGAGCCGGAGGAGUUCGACCGAGCCAACAGGUUCACGCCGCCCGCCUUCAUCCGGCCGCAGCGGGAGCUGCACGACGACGAGCCUCCGGACAUCAGCCUGGAGCAGCGGGAGCAGAUCCUCAACGACGAGAUGUGCGAGAUCUGCGAGGUGUGGACAGCCGAGAGCCUCUUCCCAUGCCGCGUCUGCAGUCGGGUGUACCACGACGGCUGCCUGCGCCGCAUGGGCUACCUGCAGAACGACAGUGCCGUGGAGGUGACAGAGACUGCGCACACCGAGACCGGCUGGAGCUGCUACUACUGCGACAACCUCAAUCUCCUGUUGACAGAAGAGGAGAUGUACAGCCUGAUGGAGACUUUGCGGCAGUGCAAGAUCAUUCCAGACACCUGCCUGACGCUGGACGACUUCCUGCACUACAAGCACCUGGUGCACAAGCAGCAGUUUGAGCAGCCCAUGGGGGAGGCGCAGGAGGAGCGGGCCACCCUGCAGUUCUCUGCCCUGGACCCCGACAAGAAGGGGCACAUCGAGUGGCCGGACUUCCUCUCCCACGAGUCCAUCCAGCUGCUGCAGAAACUCCGGCCGCAGAACUCCCUGCUGCGGCUGCUGACGGCCAAGGAGCGCGAGCGGGCACGCGCGGCCUUCCUGGCGCUGGACCAGGACAGCGACGGCUUCAUCGUGGAGAGCGAGUGCCACAAGGCGCGGCACGCCUGGUUCCGCAAGCACCAGAAGGAGACGCCGUCCUGCAACGUCAGCAUCAGCCACGUCGGGCCCAUGUCGGAGAGCAGCCCCGCCAGCAGCGGCAGCGCCAAGAGCCAGGAGAAGACGCUGCUGGCCGCGGAGCAGGAGGACGCCCGGCGCGUCGACUGGCCCGGCUUCCUGCGGGACAACGUCGCCUACAUCCUGGCCGCCCGCCCCAACAGCGCCGCCGUCCACCUGCAGCCGCCCGCCUAGCGCCCGUCCCGCCCGUCCCGUCCCGCCCGCCCCGGCGCCAUCUUGGCCGGCGACGCCUUCCCCCACGGGGCGGGGGAAGAGCCCCGUUGCCAUGGCAACCCGCCCCGCAACAUCCCAUUGGCUGAGGGAAGCCCUGCUCACUUCGCCCCGCCUGCCAAUCCCGCGCGGCUCCCCGCUGCUUGCCUGGGGGGGAGCCAGCUGCUGAUUGGCUGGCGGGGGAGAAGACGCUCUGCGUCUCCCCCUGCCUCCGCGUCGGAUUGGCUGGGAGGGACGGGUGGUGGGCUGCGAUUGGGGGAGGGAGGCUCGAGCAGGUGCAGCCCUGGAGAGCUCUGAUUGGCUGGGGGGAGGCAGGGCAGGACCUUGGUGCCCUGGAGGCCCCGGAGGAGGCUGGAGGUCCCUGGAGGCGCUGGGUGCAGAGGCUCCGUGCUGGGGCGGAGGCCGUCCCCGCCCUGCCCCGCCGCCUCACGUCCCCGCGGCCCCCAGGGAGCCACCAGCCGCCGGGAGCUGCCGCCCACCUCCUGCAGCCUUGGGAGCGCCCAAGGGGAUGGAUGGGUUCCUCCGUCCUCCCUCCGCAUGGAGGAGGCUCGCAGGGCAGGGGCGAGGCAGGAGGCCACGAGGCAGGGGGGAGGCGCAGAGGAGCUGGAUCCCCUGCAAGCCUCGCCCCUCCAUGCCCCGUGCAUGGAGGCCAGGACCUCCGACCCACACCCACGGCAGCGCCAUGGCCUCAUCUCCACCUCCCCCUGCCCGAGCCAGGGCACCGCUCCCCGCUGCAGGGACUCCCUCCCUCGCAAGCUGUGAGACCGUCUUGGAGUUUCAGGCCGUAUAGUGAGGCCGGGAGAUGCGGCAGCGCCAUGGGGGCAUUUCGGGGGAUGGGUCCGAGGUGGGGCGCGGGCGGGCUGGAGCCGUGGCUGGAAUGAGCAAGCCACCAGGGACGGGGCGUCACAGCCUCCACACUGUACUGGGAAGUGUCCAUUAAACAGCUGUGUCCAACCACCCUCUGGCUGCCGAUGGUA